AUGGUUCAAAAUGUCUACCAUUGUAUUGUGGUGUAUAAAAUUCUUAAAAUUCUCCAAAGAAUACAUCAAAAAGAAUUGCACAAAAAGAAUACUGUUUUUAAUAUGAAAAAAUCGAAUGUCCACUUCUUUUCACUCCAAAAAGGCACGAUUGUAGUGAAUAGAAAAAUCAUCGAAUUUAACUCAGAGAAGUGUGAAAUUCCAGUUUUAGUUGAAAAUAGAGAACUUUUAUGUAUUGGAAAUGUUUCAAAUAAGACAACAAAAAUUCAAAUAUCAUCAAAACUUGGGGGAAAUGCUUAUUUUUUAAGAACAGAACCUGAAAUUAUUACAUUAAAGAAAAAUUUUGCUUGUGAAUUUUCAGUGUAUUUGACACCAUUGUACAGUACUACCAUUUCAAGCGAUGUGAUGAUAAUCUCAAAAAGUCUUUCGAAUAACAAACAAAGUACUUACGAUUUUAUAAUUAACGCAAAAACUGAAAUGAAUUCGAGACUCGAUCCUACCGAAAUUUCAAUUGACAAGAAAAUAGGUGAAGGAUCUUUUGGGUUAGUUUAUCAAGGUACUUUCAGAAACAAUUUAGUUGCAAUUAAACAAAUGAAAGAAAGUAUCAAUGAAGCUGAAAAAAUGAAAGAUUUUGAAAGGGAGGUUUGUAUGUUAGACAAAUUUCGGAGUAAGAUUAUUGUCCACUUCUAUGGAGCUGUAUUCAUCCCAAGUAAAAACUGUAUGGUCACUGAAUUUGCUCAAUUCAGUAGUUUAAAUGAUUUGAUGAUUAAAAUGAAGUGGCACCAAAUAACAGAGAAAUUAAAAAUCAAAUUUAUAAUAGACGCAGCAAAAGGACUGUCGUAUUUACACACUAAUGGAAUAUUACAAAGAGAUAUUAAACCAGAUAACAUUUUAAUAGUGUCAGUCGAAAGGAACGAUCAGGUAAACGCCAAAUUGACUGAUUUUGGAGCAUCAAGAAAUAUCAACAUGUUGAUGACUAACAUGACUUUCACAAAAGAAGUUGGUACACCUAACUUCAUGGCUCCUGAAGUUUUAAAAGGAGAGAAAUACACAACGAGUGCGGAUGUAUAUUCAUUUGCAAUAACAAUCUAUGAAUGCUUUGGGUGGUGCGAAGCAUAUUCAAAAGAUGCAUUCAAAUUUCCAUGGAAAAUAGCCGAGUUUGUGACAGCUAGAAAACGCCUUGAAAAAAGAAAAAAUAUUAUAGAAGAACUUACCCGACUAAUGGAACAGUGUUGGCUACAAAACUCAGAUGAGAGGAUUAAGAUAAAUCAUGUUGUUGACGAACUUCAACUUAUUCGUUCGACUCGAUGA